CCUCAAUUCCCAUCUCUUCCUCGCCGGAACACCGCGAGUUGGUCCCCGGAGCACAGAUCCGCCGCCCAAAUCGGGCGUGCGAGGUGAGCCUCGGAGCACUUUGACCUCUUCUCCCUUCGUGUCCAAAGACGCCGGAACACGAGAUCGAAAUCGGAUCUGACGGAGCCCCGGCAGCCAGUCGCCAUGCCGGACAGCGGAGGCGCGACCGUGCUCGACGACCUCCCAGAGUGGAUCCUUCUGGAAGAGAUCUUCAUCCGUUUGCCGCCCAGGGACAUCGUCCGCUGCCGAGCCGUCCGCAAGUUGUGGCAAAGUGCCACCUCCACGGACAAGUUCAUGCUGGACCACCACCGCCGCCAGCCCUUCCUCCCGAUCCUCAGCCACGUCGUUGAACCGCAGAAAACCAGCCUCGUGUUAUCCUUUGACGCCGAUGCAGUCCAGCGACGGCUCUGCCCGGUCAUCCGGACCUUAUACUCCGGUAUACUCGAGGCUACGUGUGAUGGCCUCCUCAUCGUCUCCCACGGAGCCACAGCGCAUGAGUUCUUCAUCUGCAACCCGGUCACCCGCAAGUGUGCUCCCCUACGGACGCCUCAGAACCUACUGAACUAUUACUACCAGAUUGUCGGCUUCUAUCGGCACAAACCAUCCGGGCAGUACCGAGUGCUUUGGGUGUCUUGUCCGACAAACAACACAAAUCACAGAACUUUUUACUGUGUCAUAGCGGUGGGAUCCGAUUAUACAAGACAAAUCGGACAAGGAUGCAUCCGGCAACCAACAUCGUCAUCACCUUCCUUGGAACUGGCGUUACGUGAGCGGCUGCCCGGUUCGUCUGGCUAUCCGCCAAUCGACCACCGUGGCAGCUUGCACUGGACAAUUGUAAGAUACGACCGCUGUGAUGCCGGCUACAUAAUGGUGUUCAAGACAGCAGAUGAAACAUUCCGGUUGAUGUGCUGUCCAGCCCAGUUGCCCUCACAACAGUUGCUGUUGGAGAUAGAUGGCACUCUUGCUUUGUGUGGCAUCAGCAGUGAUAGAGUCACCGUAGAUGUUUGGGUGGUACAAGACUAUGACGCUGAAGCCUGGUCCUUCAAGCAUCGGAUUUAUUUAUCAGGGAUGGAUGAAUCACCAUUUGUUGACUUGAAGGUUCCUAGAAUGGCUGUGCUCAGUGAUGGUGAGCUGCUGAUCCAGUUUGCUCCUAGGCAUGUGGUUCGCUGUGACAUUGAUGGCAGGUUUGUAGAAUAUGUGAAAAGCGAAGAGGACCAAGACAAGAACUUGUGGCUUACCCGGCAUCGCCUCCAGGAGAGCCUUAUUCCCCUUCCAUUAUCCAACGAGAUGCAAGAAGGAGGUGCUGCGAGUGUGGAGCCUCCAUUCUUCAUAGGGCUAUAGUUUGCCUUGCUUCAUCUGGAUGUUUCAGCCCGGUGUGAGAAUUAUUCUAGAUAACUUUUGUCAUUCGUUCUCAGUUCUUCUUUUUAGUACUACUAGUAGAAUUUAACGCUUUGGAUGAUUCAGUAUUCUGAAACUGCUUCUGU